AUGUCGACUACAUGGAUAGCACCGGAUAUUGCUCCCGUCUGCGAGACGGCGCAGGCACCUUUGACACAGUGCUCCCAAACUGGCUACAUGUUUUUGGCCCUAGUGACGCAAUUAUUUGGGAAAUCUAUCGACGGCAAGUAUUCUAAAGUGAACCCAUAUUCGAGGCCGCACGAUACAUUUUACGAUGGCGAGAGUUUUCCAUCGCACCACGUUUCCGGGGCAUAUGGACCGUUCUCAUCGUACCAAACGAACUUCGCUUCUCAUCCGCCGCAUAUAACGCCUAAUCUGCAAUAUGUGCAUAUGCCGAAAUUCGAUUUCGAAGAUUCGUAUAGUGGAAAACAAUAUUCAAAUAAAGAGCCUAUUUUUGAAUUUAACUUUGACGGGCGCUAUGACUCCGAUUUUGAAGAUUCGAAGAAAAUAGAAGUUAAGGAAAAGCCUGAGGGUAAAAAGGAAAGAAAGAAGAGGCAUAUAAAGGAUUAUGAUUUUAUCGUCGUCGGGGCCGGCUCGGCCGGUUGUGUUUUAGCAAACAGAUUGUCCGAAGUAAAGAAAUGGAAGGUUCUUCUUCUAGAGGCCGGUGCCGAAGAACCAGAUGUCACAAGCGUACCUGCUCUAGCUACAGUCCUCGGAAACUCCAAUAUCGAUUGGAUGUACAGGACGCAGCCAGAAAAAUUGACCUGUCGUUCGCAGAGGGGACAAACUUGUGCUUGGUACAGAGGAAAGACAAUGGGCGGAAGCAGUGCAACAAACUACAUGGUUUAUAUUCGAGGAAACCGAUUGGACUAUGAUGAGUGGGCUGAUGAAGGAAACCAUGGUUGGAGUUAUGAUGAGAUAUUGCCGUAUUUUAAGAAAUCUGAAAAUAAUCGCGAAAUAGAAGCCCAUGAUCGGGUCUAUCAUGGUGUCGGCGGUCCUCUAAACGUCGAAAGAUUUCCGUACGUGGAUAAAGCAACAUUCAUGAUUGUACAGGCGUUUAAAGAGAAAGGUCUACCAAUUACCGAUCUUAACAGAGAAAGUAAUUAUGGAACAGACAUCAGUCUUUCAACUUCCAAGGACGGCCAAAGACAAUCAACGAAUACUGCAUUUAUUAGACCAAUACGUCACAAACGUCCUAAUUUAGACAUAAUCAUCAACGCGUUUGCCACUAAAGUCAUGAUUGAUCCCGUAACAAAAGUGGCGCUAGGUGUUGAAUACUAUAAGGACGGUAUCUUGCACAAAGUGUUUGCUAAGCAUGAAGUAAUAGUCAGCGCUGGUGCCAUCAAUUCACCAAAAUUACUUAAGCUUUCUGGUAUCGGUCCUAAGGAGGAACUGGUAAGCCUACAUAUUCCUGUUUUAAUGGAUUUGAAAGUUGGUCAUAAUCUACAAGAUCAUGUGACUACUGAUGCAUUAAUUGUGGCCUUAUCAAAUAAGACAUCGACUAGUAUAAAUGGCGAACAGUUAUUGGGUGAGCUGUACAAAUACCAUGCUCAACAUCCGAAGAAAGAUGGUCCGUUAUCUACUACCUCCGUGUUAAACAGUAUCGGAUUCAUCAAAACUAUAAUAACAAAAGAAGACGCUCCAGAUGUGCAACUUCAUUUCGAUGGCCGGAAUGUUGCCGAGUUCUAUUCUGACCCUACGAGCUAUCUAGCAUCUAAUGUUUUACCACUGCCCUUUUACAAUGGUUUUGCUCCACGACCUUUACUGCUCAAACCAAAAAGUCGAGGACUUAUAUUGUUGAAUCAAACUGAUCCACUAUUUGGUCCUCCGUUAAUAUAUCCAGGUUUCUUUAAAGUAAAAGAAGAUGUGGACACACUUAUUGAAGGUUUGAGGUUCGCAGUAAGUUUAGAAGAAACUGAAGCCUUUAAGCUGAGUGGUGCUUCGUAUGUCAGAAUACCAGUUCCAGGUUGCACGGACUAUGUAUGGGGAAGUAACGAAUACUUCUUUUGUCUGUUAACACAUUACACGACUACUAUAUAUCAUCCAGUAGGAACAUGUAAAAUGGGACCACGUUGGGAUAAGCAUGCUGUGGUUGAUCCAAGAUUACGAGUUUAUGGGAUAAAGAAAUUGAGAGUUAUCGAUGCUUCUAUAAUGCCAACUAUAGUGCGAGGUAACACGAACGCUCCUACGAUAAUGAUAGCAGAGAAAGCAAGUGACAUGAUAAAAGAGGAAUGGUUAUCUCAUAAGUUUUAA